AUGAAGCUCUCCACCUACUUAGGCUUCAGUGCCUUGGCUCUCCCAUUCGCCAGCUGCAGGCACGCCGGAGGGAGUGGACCAUAUCCAGCCGCCUACUUCGCGGAACCUACUCUCUCCAACCACACCAUUUACCUACCCUCUAGACCGGCCAGAAACGAGUCCCUCCCAGUCCUAAUCUGGGGCGAAGGCGGCUGCGAAAACAACGGCACCAGAUUCGCCAAUUUCCUCACCAACGUAGCAUCAUAUGGCUUCGUCGUUCUCGCCUCCGGGCCACCGGGCGGUGCAAGCGGCAGCACCAGCUGGGGGAUGAUGGCCGACGCCGUCUCCUGGAUAUCCGCACAGGCGGGGGCCGGACGGUAUGCUGCCGUCGAUGCAAGCAGAAUCGCCGUAGCGGGCCAGAGCUGUGGCGGUCUCGAGGCUUACAAGAUGCGAUCUGAUGAUCGGAUUUCUUUCCUGGGACUGUUCAAUUCGGGGUUCCUGGAUGAAGCUCCUGCGUCUGGAGGCGCUGUCGUCAUCCCAGAUGUAGAGAGUCCGGAUACGAUUUCGGAGGUGCAUAAGCCGGCGUUUUAUUUCAUCGGGGGGCCGACGGAUAUUGCGUAUGCUAAUGGCGAGAGGGACUAUCACGCGCUUGAAGGCGUUCCCAAGUGGAUCGGUAACUAUCCGAGUGGCCAUGGGGGCACUUAUGAUCAGGUUGAUGGCGGAGCGUACGGUGUCGCUGCGGUCAAAUGGCUGCAGUGGACGUUGAAAAGGGACUCAGCAGCAGCCAAGUUCUUCACCAAGGGUGGAGCAGACAGUGCGGGCUGGGAAACUGAGAGUUCGGAUCUUCAGGAUCUUUGGUCUUAUAUCCAUUGA